AUGCCUCGCCAACUGCCAUGGCUUGUCAAGGGCAAAGGCAACCAGGCGGCAGCGCCCCCCAAACAGCCUGCCAGCUCCGCAUCCGCAUCCGCAUCCUCAGCGAGCCACAGUCCGGCUCCACCGCCUGCAAAUCGCCCCACACCCCAAACCACAAAGUCUGAAGAGCAUGACCCAUCGUCAGAUGCACGCACCAAGUCGAGGCGUAGCUUGGGCCUUCGCUCAUUUGCCCCAGUGCGGUCGCCGUCCACCUCACCACCUCCGGAGCCGGUCAAGGAAGAGUUCAUGAUAGACGGUGUCGACAGUGACGACAGAUAUCGUAUGGUCGAAGAUGAGUUCUUCGCGGUGGCUGGCGACUUCACCCGUCACCUCCACGCUGCCGAGUAUAAGCGCCUCAAGACUCUGGCCAACUCAGAGAAUGCAGAGGCCAUUCAGAACAUCUCGCGGCCCGUCACGGGGGACAUGAGAGACCUCGUGAAGCGACGUCGUGCCGCACUCGAAAACGCGGCCAAGCAGCACCAGGCCAUCCCGAAAGCUCCGGGGAAACGAGCCAGUGGGGAUGGCUCGGAGAGUGACGAUGAAGAGUCAUCAUCACCGUGGGCACACACCUCCCUUCGGGGAUUAAUGGAUAGCCCACGCAAGAAAGCAGUUCCUCUCGCCAUUCUAGGUUCUGUUGUCGCGGGAUCGCGUGCCGCUGUCAGCUCUCGAGAGCGUCUGAAUGCAAGCCCCUCCAGGCAGCUAGCCCGUCGUAGUGACGCCGAGUCGCGAAUGAAAACAGAAAAUACCGACGAUGAGGAUGAUGACGAUGAUGAUGACGACGACGAUCUCGACAACCAAGCCCCCUGGCCCACUAGACAGCAACCUCAACGUCUUUCCAAAAGUGCAGAGAUAUCUCUGUCCCGUCACAACACAGCUGGCAAACCACUCGUAAAGCUAGAGAGCCGGCCGCAUCAAACCCCACAGGAUGAGCCAGGUUCGGGCUCUAGCAACAAAUCGAAAACUGUGAAUCUUCCUAGUAUCAAGCAACCCAAGUACAGCCAGCUCGACCCUGAUGAAGAUGGUAAUUUCUUUUCCGGCUUGCGGACCCGGAGGGCCGAACGGAGACGGAGGCACGAAAUCAAGACGGAAGCAAAUGUCAAGACUUCAGACAGCCAGGCAGUAGAUCUGAGCGAAAUUCCUUCCUUUCUGUAG